UUCUAUUUCGUCAUAAUUACUUCCGGAAUUAUGUGAGAUAGUAGUACGCAUGUGCAACCUCAGUGUGGUACGAGUUAUGAACGAAGAAGGACGUGGUCCUUCAAUUAGCAACUUCAGUUCGUGUCUAAGUUAACGUGGUUAACUAUUUUUUCGUUUGACACAUUGAUAAGAUUUUAUUAAUUACAGAACUCGAGGAGUUCUGUUUUUUACGACUAUUAUCAACAAAACUCGAGGAGUUUUGUGUUUACGACUACCAUAAAGCGGUUCUUCGACUACUUUAUGAUAAAGUCGUAAAAAAUGGCGGAACAGAUGAUUCAAAAGAAACAAUUACGAAGUACUACUUGCUUUGAAGAAGAAGUAGACACAGAAAAGACAGACGGAACAUGUAAAAGUAACGAUGUUACUAAAAAGAACUCUAAAGUCGAGGUUCAGGGAACAAAGACUAAGAAGCAUGGUAGUUCUGUCGGCAGUACGGUAAGCGCUACAAGCACUAGGUCCAGCGGGACGAAAAAACCUGUGAAAGUUGUGGCCGAUGUCCACAACAGCGGUAAUACACAAAACGAUAAUCAAAUUAUGUGUAUACUGAAUACAAUUCUUGAAAAUCAGAAAAAACAAGAUGAACAGAUUGGUACAUUGAACAAUAAGAUCAAUAUGAUAGAAAACGAAUUUCAAGAAUGUGAUGAUUAUGAAGGUUACGAUGAUGAUCAGACAUACGACGAGAGUUGUAAUAAUGUUCAGCGUACAGAUGAUAAUGUUGAAAAUUCAGAUAAUGCUUCUGGAAAAAGGAAGAGUGAUCAUUUGGACACAGAAGUUGUUCAAGAAAGUUCAAGUCGUUUUAAGAACAUGAGUAAAAGAUUUAAAAGCAGAGAAGUGUGUGAUGUGAAAAUAGAUGAGACUUUGGCUACAAAUAUAACAGAUUUGUUUAGAAAUGGAAUGAAUGAAGAUCAGUAUUCAGAUAUGAUUAAAGAUGAAAAUAAUGCAAGACCAGAAAAUUGUGAAGGUCUGAAAGUUGUGAAGACAAACCAACUCGUUUGGGAUAUUAUAUCUCAAGAAGCUAAAACAAUUGAUAGAAAAAUGCAAAACAUAGAAACUUCUGUUAUUAAAGGUUCUAUCAUUCUGGCCAAAGUUGUGAACAAGUUGGCAGAUGUGGAAAAUGAAUUAGAUGAUACACAGAAAACGAAGUUGGGAAAAAUUAUAGAUGAAUGCAAUGACAGCUUGGCUCUAUUUGGACAUGCAAACAAACAAGUAAAUAUGACAAGACGUGAGCUUAUAAAACCAGAAUUAAGAUACGAAUACUUGCACUUAUGUGCACAAACUGUACCUUAUACGUCUUGGUUAUUUGGUGACGAUAUUUCAAAAACUGCGAAAGAAAUUGAAGAUUGCAGCAAGAUUGGUCACAAAUUGAACAGAGGUGGAUCAUUCCGAGGGAGAAUGAGAGGACGUUUCAGAGGUCCUGGUCGUAGACCUAGAGGACGUGGAAAUUAUUACAACAACAACACUGCAUACAAUCCUAACUAUCCAAACAGAAGUAGUGGCCAAUUCUAUCCAAAAAACUUCAAGAAGAGCAAUACGACACUGUCACAGCAGAAAAACAAGAAUCAAUAAAGAAUGAGUCUGAUGGGCUUGUGCAUCAAGAAG